UAUUAUGAUACUCAUGUGAUCAGGCUGAUGUAAAGAAAGAGCAGCUCUUGACUCGCGGGGUAAAGAUGAACGGGUUGAUGAUGUUACCGGUGCUGUUUGCAGUGCUUUAUACGGUACACUCAGUGCCCGUAUACACCGAGCAAGAUGAGUAUAAUUUCAAAUCAUGGAUGUCUCAGUAUAAUAAAAAAUAUGAGAUGAGUGAAUAUUACCAGCGGCUGCAAGUAUUUCUUGAAAACAAACAGAAGAUUGACCACCAUAAUGCUGGAAAGCACACAUUUACAAUGGGAUUGAACCAAUUCUCAGACAUGACCUUUGCUGAAUUUAGGAAACACUACCUCCUGACAGAGCCUCAGAACUGCUCAGCCACUAGAGGAAAUCAUGUGAGUAGUAAUGGACCCUAUCCAGAUAUGAUUGACUGGAGGACAAAGGGAAACUAUGUGACAGAUGUGAAGAAUCAGGGGCCUUGUGGUAGCUGCUGGACUUUUUCCACUACAGGCUGUUUAGAGUCUGUCACUGCUAUUGCCACUGGAAAACUAUUACAACUGGCAGAGCAGCAGCUUGUAGAUUGUGCUGACGCUUUUAACAAUCAUGGAUGCAAGGGUGGUCUCCCAAGUCAAGCCUUUGAGUACAUCAUGUACAAUAAAGGUCUUAUGACAGAAGAGGACUACCCCUACACGGCUAGGGAAGGUCCUUGUAAAUUCAAACCACAGCAGGCUGCUGCUUUUGUGAAGGAUGUUGUAAACAUUACACGGUAUGAUGAAAUGGGGAUGGUAGAUGCUUUGGCAAAGUACAACCCUGUCAGCUUUGCCUAUGAAGUUGUGGGUGAUUUCAUGCACUACAAAGAUGGAAUAUAUACCAGCACCAAGUGUCACAACACCACUGACAUGGUGAACCAUGCAGUGCUUGCUGUAGGCUAUGCUCAGGAGAAUGGAACUCCAUACUGGAUAGUAAAGAACUCCUGGGGAACCAGUUGGGGAAUUAAUGGUUAUUUCUACAUUGAGAGGGGAAAGAACAUGUGUGGACUUGCUGCUUGCUCAUCUUAUCCUGUACCAUUGGUGUGAUUAACUACAAUAUAUAUUGUCACAUCAGGAAAAUACCUACUUACUAGGUCUAUAUCUAUUUACAAUAAAUCCGUGAUUUAACCUUAAAUUCACAAUCAUUUUAAACCUUUACACUUAAGCAACUUGAUUAGCUGAAGAAAUGUAAAAAAUUCACUGUGUAUUUUUUAAUAUCCAUGUUUACCAAAAUGGACUGUAUUAUUCUGAAAUAAAUAUUUUCUCAGGGAAA